CCUCACCGCCCCUGCACGCCUCCCCGCAUUUCUAGGAUCCUCGAACGCGACCCCCACGAGUUGCGCCACGCGCCGGACAUUCCAUACCAAGCCACACCACCCGCAACAUGCGGUAGUAGCGGACACGAUGGAGAGCGUGAUACACGAAGACUCGCCUCUGGCCGAGUUCCUAGAGGGCGAGGGAAAAGGAGGGCUCUCUGCACCACCGUCGCCUGCUGUAUCCACCUCCUCAGACGUCCACAGCUUUGCGCCACGCGGCCCCUCCACGCUCCAGUCGAGGAUAAGAGACAAGCUCCCGCAGCCGCUGCGCAUACGUGCAAACCGCCAUGGCUCGGUUGCGCGCAUACAUCUCGCAUGCUUGAAGGCGGUAAAUUCGCGCCUCGGACGCGCCGAUAACGAACGCUUUCUCGAGCACUUCCGGUACCUCAUAGUCGCCUCCCAACUGCUAGGCGAGCAGUCCAGCAUACGAACCGCGACAUUUCCCAACCAUGCGAACGGCGGAGGGCCCGGCCCUGAGUUCAAGACUACCACCAUCAGCCCCGCCGGCGCGGUCCUCACUGCGGCGACUGCAUUCACACUCGUCUGGCUCAUCCACUGGUCACGGCGCAGGUCAGGCCUCAGCAAAGCACGCUUCGUGGUCGUCUUCGUAGUCUUCGCCGUUGUCGCAACCGCGUCCUAUGCGUACAUCCGCCGCCAGUGGCUGCAGACCUUGAGGCAGCAGGCUGUCGAGAAUGCAUCGGCCCUCGUCACCAACUUGCAGGCGUUCGAAGCGUCGACGUCCUCUGCGCUUGCGCUGAUACAAGAGGUCGAGCUCGUCUCCCGGGGCUACAGGCUCUCCAUGCCGUUGCCACCGAUCUCCAGGAUUGAGGAGAAAGGACAAGCUCGCCGCUGCCAACGUCUACGCCGGAGCCUCUGGGCCGUCUAUGCUACGAUGAUCCCCAUCCUGUCAGAACAGUGUCAAACGCUGAGGCGACAAGUCCAGGAGGACGAUAUUGAGAAGUACCUCGACGUCUACGAAAUCAGCAACCCAGACCUGCAGGAAGCCGCGAUUGGGUACAACGAAUCGGAAUUCGAGGAUACCGAAAGCCUUAGGGCCCUUCGAACUUGGCAGUACCGGCUGUCAACGCUCCGUCGUGUCUACUUGUGCUCUUUGUUGGCACUUCAAGCCGACGGUGGAAAGGCAGACUUCUCAAGAUGGGCAACCGUCGUAGAUUCUAUGAUCACUGUAGCCGCGCCGGCUGGAGAGAGGAGUGAGAAGUUCAACCAAGUACUGGCCGAGGAGGAGCAGUUUGUGAUACCGUCGCCGAACAAGUUGCAACCCACACCAGGUCGCGAGAACCUGCGCAACUCAGUUCGAAAGCUGUCCGGUCUCUCACAGGGCAUCCGUGGCCUGCAAGCGAAGAUGCAGGUGCUGCGCGAAGAGACCAACAAGAGCCUGGAAGACACAGAAGACGUCACCGAACUCGGUGGUCACCUCAUGGUACAAUACGACUCAAUCGGCGCCGACCUGCGAAGCCUGAUUCAGGCGUGGGAAGCCGGCAGAAAUGCCCUGGCCCUCAACAUCGAGCGCCACGAACGCCGCAUCUCCCAAGCCUCCAGCAGCGGUCUCCGCUCUCCUGUCCUCAGCCUAGGUGGUCUGACAGCCGUCGAUGAAGGCAGUCCGUCUGAUGCCCUACGCGCUUUGAAUGGAGAGACGCUGAGUCCGCAGCAGAGUGCUCCCCCGAGCGACCAAGGCAGCAAUUCCGACGACGAAGUUUUCGAAGCCAUCGCCAUUCCCAAGACGCGCGUCACCAUGUCGCGGGAAGAGCGCAUGCAGAAGAUGCAGGCAGACCGCGCUCGCCAGGCUUCGUUGCGCGAACAGCGUGAGGCGAGCAACACUAUGCUGAGAGAGCUCGAGAGCGUUAUCAAUCUCAGGCCGCAUCGUCAUACGCUGCCGGCUGGACGAGUUACGAGCCUAUGACGUCUUUUCUAUGUCGAAAAUCAAGCUAACAAACCAUAUAUAGUCGUCGCAUUUC